AUGACUGUUGUUAAGUACCAACCUCUCAAUAAUGGUAUUUAUGGAGUAUGGAGCAAAUAUGGGAAUAAAAUUGAAAACUUGAAAAGUGAACAAUUCAGAAAAUUCAUUUCCGAUAUGUAUCACAACUUCAUUUACACAUCAAAAACUGAUUGUUCCUUCUUUGAAAUUACGAGGGCAAUGAAACCUUCAAUGAUGCUAUGGCUAUUUACUCUCAAAAUUUUCUUGCUGUGCAUUUGUUUUUCAGUAAAACCUGUCUCAUCUGCAAUAGACUCUUAUUCUGAUCAUUGUUCUUUAAUUGUCCCUGCAUCGGUCCCCAACUCUGAGUCUCCCUCGUAUGAGUUUGGUCCAUUUGGUCACUACCAAUCUGGUUUUUACAACUCUGAUGGAAUUAGAAUUGUCAGUGCAAACAUAACCAGGUACACAAAUUCAUUCUCAUUUUACACCAGCGUGGUGAGCAAAACUGAUAAAGACGGCGUGUUCAUGGUUGAAGGAAGCUUGGAGUUCCAAAGUCCAUUUCAUGUGGGAAGCAUCUCAAAUGGAAGUGGAACAUCAAAAAAUUCAAUCCUCACAUCUCGCAGGCCAGUAGCUGCUGAUUUUAGAAAUCCAUUCUAUUUGAAACUGCAUGGUUUCUGGUCAGAAUCAUCCGGGAAACUUUGUAUGGUUGGAACAGGUUCUGCUUACUUAAAAGAAGGUAAUCUGCUUAGCCCUGCUGCUGUCCUUAAGCUUCAAAAUAUUAAGAAUUCGAGUAGCAUCACUACUUUGAUUACUGGAACUUUAGAGAGUUUGAGUCCUAGCAGUGAUAAGAGUUAUUUUGAACCAAUUUCCGUGUUCAUGCUUCCACAUUUGAAUUACAAGUUGAGCUUUGUGUCUGGAGAUUCUAUGGGUGAAUUUUCUGGUGAAAGUGAUGCUAAAAAGAAUUUGCCAAUAUUCAAUGUACUGCGAGGAAGCGCUUUUUGUUCUCAAUUCUCAAGCCUUGCAAAAGUAUUUCAUUUGCAGUACACAGGCUGCAGCUCUAAGAAGAACUGCCUCCCUUUUGAUGGGGUGGUCAGGAAUUUGCCUGGUUCUGGGUAUUUAGAUAUCAUUAAUUGUACAGAUGUUCCAAAGAGAGUUCGCAUUAUCCUAAAAUUUCAAGAUAAUAGCAAUUUCAGGUUCUACCAGCCUUUCAAUCCUAACACAACAUUGAUUGGAGAAGGAAUGUGGGAUGAUAAGAAGAAUCAGCUGUGUGUUUUUCUUUGCCGAUUUUUGGACAUAACAGACUCUUGGUCUAAUGCUCAUGUUGGAGAUUGCACAACAAGGUUAAGCUUGAGGUUCCCUGCAAUCUGGUCAAUCAAAGAGACUAGCAGCAUAAUGGGGAAAAUUUGGACCAACAAAACUGUGAAUGAUUCAGGUUACUUUGAUAGAAUUGUGUUACGAAGUACCAAGAAUAGUGUGGAGGCCUUACAUGGUUUGAAGUAUGAAUACACUGAAACUGACAGAGUAAGGAAUUUAUGCCCGGUAAAGAAACUUGACAGAAACAAGAGACAAAGAUACCCUAGUCCCGACUCUUCCGAUAUGAAGUUUGACAUGUCAGUUAGAAAUUCUGAAGGGAAAACUGGAUGGGGUUCUGCGGUUGCUCUAACUGUUGGUAAUCAGUUUUACAAGCAGAGUAGCCAAGUAGUUGCUAUUAAUGUCUUAGAAUUUUCAUCUAUAAGGCCUACAAGGUGGGAAUCUCAGGGCCAAACCAAUAUUAGCUACGAGAUAGACAUCAGACUGUACACUCCUCCAAAGUUGACUGCUGGAGGUUAUUUAUCUAUGCUACAUGAUGAGAAAGUGGAGAUUACUGCUGAAGGGAUUUAUGAUGCAGACACCGGAGGCUUGUGUAUGGUAGGCUGCAGAAAGCUUGCAUCAAUCAAUCAAGUGCCAGAAAAUGCUUCUCUGGACUGUGAAAUUCUUCUGAACUUCCAACUUGUUCCGGUGAAACAGUUUGAAAAUGGAGGGUAUAUUAGGGGAAGAAUUGAAAGCACACGGAAGACAUAUGAUCCUCUUUACUUUGAUCAUCUAGAUGUUACUUCAGUUGCUUACAUCGGGGAGCAAGCAAGACAUUCCAUUUGGACCAUGGAUCUUGAGAUUGCCAUGGUUCUGAUAUCUCAAACACUUAAAUGUCUAUUUGUGAGAUAUCAGCUUUAUCAUGUGAAGAGGCAUAUGGAAACACUCCCUUUUAUUUCCAUUGUUAUGCUUGUGUUCCUUACCAUGGGCCAAAUGAUUCCUCUUGUGCUUAACUAUGAAGCCUUGUUCUCACAAAAACAUGAUCAGGAUACUGUCUUGUUUCAAACUGGAGGAUGGAUUGAAGUGAAUGAGGUAAUUGUAAGGAUAAUUUCAAUGGUAGCUCUCUUGUUGCUAUUACGUAUUCUCCAGCUAGCAUUUUCAGGUAGAUCAAAUGAUGGAAACCAAAAGGGCCUAUGGUUUGCUGAGAAAAUGACCUUGCUUGUGACAGCAUCGUUGUAUGCUUCUGGGGCAUUCAUUGUUAUGCUUGUCGAUAGGGGAAACUACAGACGUGAGGUUGUGUUGCUUCCUACUCGUCCUGUUGACUACUGGCAGCGUUCCACUUGGGAUGACUUGAAAUCUUAUGCCGGUUUAAUCUCAGAUAGUUUUCUUCUGCCUCAGAUACUGCUUAAUAUGUUCUCAAACUCAAGAAAAAAUGCACUUAGCCCCUCAUUCUAUAUUGGCAUGAGUCUUGUUCGGUUGCUGCCACAUGUGUAUGAUCUUUAUUGUGAUCACGGCUAUGUUCAAUAUGAAGGAACAUACAUUUAUGAGAAUCCUGCUGAGGAUUUUUUCUCCACUGCUUGGGAUGUUAUUAUCUCCCUUGGUGUUCUGCUUUUUACUGCUAUCAUGUACUUGCAGCAGCGAUUUGGUGGUCGUUGCAUUCUUCCGAGGAGAUUUAGAGGGCUAGAAGGCUUUGAAAAAAUCCCAGUGGUCAGUGAGUCAUAA